GGAACUUGGUGGUGGCAGCGCAGGGAUGGCGGCGGGGACGGGGGCUCCGGGAGGCGGCGGCCCCGGCAUGGACGCUCGGCUGGACCAGGAGACGGCCCGGUGGCUGCGAUGGGACAAGAAUCCUUUAACUUUGGAGUCAGUGAAACAACUAAUUGCAGAAGGUAAUAAAGAAGAACUACAAAAAUGUUUUGGGGCUCGAAUGGAGUUUGGGACAGCUGGCCUCCGAGGUGCUAUGGGAGCAGGAAUUUCUCGUAUGAAUGACUUGACCAUCAUCCAGACUACACAGGGAUUUUGUAGAUACCUGGAAAAACAAUUCAGUGACCUUAAGCAAAGAGGUGUUGUGAUCAGCUAUGAUGCUCGAGCCCAUCCAGCAAGUGGAGGCAGCAGCAGAAGAUUCGCCCGACUUGCUGCAACUACGUUUAUCAGCCAGGGGAUUCCUGUGUACCUCUUUUCUGAUAUAACCCCAACCCCCUUUGUGCCCUACACAGUAUCACAUUUGAAACUUUGUGCUGGAAUCAUGAUAACUGCCUCUCACAAUCCAAAGCAGGAUAAUGGUUACAAGGUCUAUUGGGAUAACGGGGCUCAGAUCAUCUCUCCUCAUGAUAAAGGGAUUUCCCAGGCUGUUGAAGAAAAUCUAGAGCCAUGGCCUCAAGCUUGGGACGAUUCUGUAAUCAAUGGCAGUCCACUCUUUCAUGACCCAAGUGCUUCCAUCAAUAAGGACUACUUUGAAGACCUUAAAAAAUACUGUUUUCACAGGGCUGUGAACAGGGAGACCAAGGUGAAGUUUGUGCACACCUCCGUCCAUGACGUGGGUCACAGCUUCGUGCAGUCGGCUUUCAAGGCUUUUGACUUUGUUCCUCCCGAGGCUGUUCCCGAACAGAAGGAUCCCGAUCCUGAGUUCCCAACAGUGAAAUACCCAAAUCCUGAAGAGGGUAAAGGUGUCUUGACUUUGUCUUUUGCUUUGGCUGAUAAAACCACGGCCAAAAUCGUUUUAGCAAACGACCCAGAUGCUGACAGACUUGCUGUGGCAGAAAAGCAAGACAGUGGUGAAUGGAGCGUGUUUUCAGGCAACGAGUUGGGGGCCCUCUUGGGCUGGUGGCUCUUUACUUCUUGGAAAGAAAAGAACCAAGAUCACAGCGCCCUCAAAGACACAUAUAUGUUGUCCAGCACCGUCUCCUCCAAAAUCCUGCAGGCCAUUGCCUUAAAGGAGGGCUUUCACUUCGAGGAAACAUUAACUGGCUUUAAGUGGAUGGGAAACCGAGCCAAACAGCUAAUAGACCAGGGGGAAAAUGUCUUAUUUGCUUUUGAAGAAGCUAUUGGAUAUAUGUGCUGCCCUUUAGUUCUGGACAAAGAUGGAGUCAGUGCCGCCGUCAUAAGUGCAGAGUUGGCCAGCUUUCUAGCAACCAAGAAUUUGUCUUUGUCUCAGCAGCUAAAGGCCAUCUAUGUUGAGUAUGGCUACCAUAUCACCAAAGCUUCGUAUUUUAUCUGCCACGAUCAAGGCACUAUUAAAAAAUUAUUUGAAAACCUUAGAAACUACGAUGGGAAGAAUAAUUAUCCAAAAACUUGCGGCAGAUUUGAAAUUUCUGGCAUUAGGGACCUUACAACUGGCUAUGAUGAUAGCCAACCCGAUAAAAAAGCUGUUCUCCCUACUAGUAAAAGCAGCCAAAUGAUCACCUUUACCUUUGCUAAUGGAGGCGUGGCCACCAUUCGGACCAGUGGGACAGAGCCCAAAAUCAAGUACUAUUCGGAACUGCGCGCCCCCCCUGGAAAUAGUGAUCCCGAGCAGCUGAAGAAAGAACUAAAUGAACUAGUCAGUGCUAUUGAAGAACAUUUUUUCCAGCCACAAAAGUAUAACCUGCAGCCAAAAGGAGAGUAAACUAUCCCAGCCUUGGGCAUAAUUACAUUUCCCUACAAUUAAGCUGAACUUGAUUUCUUAAGCAAUAUUUUUGUGGGCCAAAUAAUUUAAACUAUUGCUACAAGUAUUCAUAUUUUUUUAAUAGACGUACAUUCCUCCUUGUUUUAUAUUUGAACUUUAAGCGUAAUAAAGAAAGAUGGCCAAAUCUAACAAACCAACAUUCCUGUUAAAAGGUUGAGCAUCAUCCGAAUUUAAAAAAUGAAGAUUUUAAAAAUAACUAACCUUCAAAAAUAUAUUGUAAUUAAUAUGCUUUCAUUAGAAUAAAUACCAAAUAUGUUUCUUCUCUAAAAUUCAUUUUAUGUGUAAGUAAAACAGCCAGAAAGCCUAUACAUAUUACUAAAUUCUGGGCUGUCCUAUGUAAAAGAUAGCCACUUCUACAUAUAUGUAUAUUUACAUUUCUAUCAAUUGCUUAUAAAGUAAAAUAGAUGAACAGAUCAAAUGUUGUGUUUAGGGAAAAUACAAUUCACAGGAACCUAUAAAG